AUUGGGUCGCCUUAUGAUUUUUAUAUCUGUCACUAGUGUGAAAAAUAAUCAUAUUGAAAUAAAAAAAAUGGCUACCGUUGAGUUCGACGAGCUCGUGCUAAUCGCAGAUUGGCUCACAGAAGCUCCUGUGACCUGCCUGGAUAUUUUCAAAGGUGUCGGACUUAAAACGGUUCACUUGGUCACGUUGAGUGAAAACAAUUUCAUCGAAGCCAUCAGCAGUGGACCGAAGCCAACAAUUGAGGCAAGUGAAUUGUGGUCCUUGGUGGAAAAUUGGCGCAAACGGAACGGUUUAGUCAAUGCGACGAUUGUUGACGUCAAGCCUGUAGAUAGAUCUACAGUUUCCGAACCGGUUGAAAAUUUGGAUGAAAUUCAUUCAAAUAAUGAAAUGGAGAUGGACUUCAAUAAGUGCGAAUCAUUCGAAGCUUGCAACAGCAGUUUCAAGGAUCAGGAAAAUGAAAUUGUAACAGACACUGUAGACAAAAGGGACCUGGAACAACCGAAGUGCAGUCCCAGUUUAAACCCGUUGUUGACGCCGAACAGACUACGACAACUCCUUGAGCAGUCCAUAUACGGUAAACAAGUAUUGCAGAAGCAAAGCAAACCCAAGAGGUAAAUUAUAUAGCAGAAUAAAUUAUAUUAAGCAGUCUGAAAGAAAAAGGGACCGGCAGGAGUUAGAAAACAGUCAACCGAACACCGUUUCUCUUGAGGCUAUCGAAACUCCAGAAGUUACAGCAACUCUAUCAUGGUUGGAGUUGAAUAAAUUUCCCUGGACUACGGUGUUAUCCCAAUGGGAAGUCAGUUUCCCAGUGAGGAAGAAAUAUCUUCAAAAAUUUAAUAAAGCCAGCUCAGUCAUCCAAACAUAUUCGCAUUUGAGAGAGGAAUAUGGCUAUCAACUUUUAGAUAUUGACUUUCAAAAACUUGGCCUAACAAACCCCCACGGUGGAUGUCAAAAAUGGGAUUCAUUAUUUCAAUCUAUCGCUAAAUUCAUUGCAAAAAGAGCAAAAGAUCCUACAUCUAAAGAGUUAAUUCGGAUAAUCGAGGACUCAAACCAUUCCACCGAUUUACGUUUGUUACACACGCUAUUGGCAUUGAACACCGUUUUGAUUCCAGUAAAAGCUGCAAAAGGAUUCAAGCCAACAGUUGCUACUGCACAAGCGGAUACAUUUCUAUUAGUUUAAAAUCAUAACGAAUUCGAAGCUGAACUGGAAAAAAACAUCAAAGUUUAUGAAGAGCAACAAAUUCCCAUACCUCCAAAGCUGAUUGUACUGGGAGAUAAUCUUGCAUCAAUUACUGGAGAGUGUAUGGUGAUUUACAAGUCUAUAAUAUAUAAGCUUCAAACAAUUGUACGCGGAGUUGAUGUUCUAGUGAAACUUCGCAUCAUAUUAGGACUACCAGUAUCAAAGCUCUCGAAGUUAGUUUGGGUUUUCAUCGAACAAUUCAUAUAUGGUGUUUUGCCGGAUAACGGGUAUUAUCUGUGUGUAAACAAGCUCGUGGAUUAUUUGAAUCAACAGGAAUGAUGAUAGCAUGUUUUGUAGCUACAUGUGCUGACACAUUUGCAACGGCAAAUGAGUUGAUAAUGCACGUGAAAAAUGUUCAUCGACCGCCCGUUUUUUAUGAGUAUAAAUGCACGUUUCCCGCUUGCAUACAAAUUUUUACUAACCUGUAUAGAUACACGAAGCAUUUAAAAAAUCAUAAAUUCAGUUCGGAAUCAGUUGUUACACCUAUACGUUACAAUUACAGAGAAAAUGAUAUUAAUUUAGAAUUUAAUUUGCCAACAAACAAAGUGAGAAAAGUCGAAGGUAAUACGGUACCUACAGAUAACAGUGAUUCUAUAUUAGAUGCUAAUUUAAACGAUUUGAAAAAAUUGGCUGUUGAAUUUACGUUAAACCUACAUCAAAGACCCAAUUUGGCUCGCAGCGAUGUGCGAGAAAUACAGAAAGCUACCCAAAAAUUUUGUUCGAAAGCUGUUGAAAACAUUGAAAAAUAUAGCACAUGCACUGAUAGUACUGAGAUCAAUUACACUUUUAAAAAAUACCUAUCACAAUUGAAGCAUAGUUUUGAUUUUAUAGAUACAGAUCAUAAGUUCUUAAAACACAUAGAGGACAUAGGCAUUUUCAAACCACCAAAUAUAUUAACUUUACAACAAAAUGAGUUGAAAAUCUCUAUUACUGAAGAAUGUCGUAAGUCAUGCUUGGUAUUGAAUCAGAUCGAAUUUCAAAUAAAAUCCUUUUUUCAAAUGGAAAAUAUUUUUUGUAAAACUAUGGAACAUACGCGAAAAUUGGAACGAUCAGGUGAAAUUGUUCAUUUUGUUAAUGGAAAUGUGUACAAGAAGAU